AUGCCCCUCUACGAAAUCGAGCACAUAACCCCGCUCUCCUCCUCCCAAAAAGAUGCCCUAGCCCGCUCCAUCACCCAAAUCCACUCCCACCUCUUCACCACCCCCUCUCUGUUCGUCAACGUCCGCUUCACAGACACGGCAAGCCAUGAUGUGUACGUUGGCGGUAAGAAGAAAUCCGCCAACCGCAUCCUCGCGCACGUCCGCCCGGGCGGCGGCCGCUCCGUCGACGAUUUCAACACCCUCUGCGCUCGGAUCACGGAAUCGUGGGACCUUAUCAUCCUCGGCCGCGACGCCAAGGGCGACCGAGGUCGAGAUCGAGAGCUGCGCGCCGUUUUCAUCCUCGGGACUAUCGUUGCGGGAAGCGAGGCUGGGUUCGCGCUGCCGGCUGCGGGCGAGGAUAGGAAGUGGUUGAGGGAGAAUGUGGGGAAUUUUGAGCAGAGGGCGGAGGCUGGGGAUGGGGAAUUUGGGGAUCUGGUGGAAGAGAUGAGGAGGAGGGAGGAUUUGAAGGAGCUGUUGUAG